AUAUGCAGGACCAUGGAGAGAGCUAACCAAACCUGCAGUGUCUCUGAGUUCAUCCUCCUGGGACUCUCCUCCCAGCCCGAGAACCAGAAGCCACUCUUUGCCCUAUUCUUCAUCAUGUACAUGGUCACCAUGGUGGGAAAUUUUCUUAUCAUCCUGGCCAUCCACUCUGACACUCAGCUCCAGACACCCAUGUAUUUUUUCCUUAGCAUUUUAUCCUUUAUUGAUGUUUGCUACACAACAACUAUCAUUCCCAAGAUGCUGGUGAACUUUCUGUCAAAGAAGAAGUCCAUCUCCUAUGCUGAGUGUAUGACCCAGAUGUAUUUCUUCUUGGCUUUUGCCAACACAGAAAUUUGCCUCCUGGCAGCCAUGGCCAUUGACCGCUGUGUGGCCAUCUGUGACCCUUUCCACUAUGUCACUACCAUGAGCUACUGCCCUUGUGUCCUACUGGUGGCCUUCUCCUGCUCCAUGUCUCACCUCCUCCUCUUACUGGUUCUCCUGAUAAAUCAUUUUCUCUUUCGUGACUCCAGUAUUAUCCACCACAUCCUCUGCGACAUCAACCCUCUGCUGAAAUUGUCCUGCUCCUCUACAUUUGUCAAUGAAAUUGUAAUUAACACAGAAGGACUGAUAACCUUGGUGACCCCCUUUAUGUGCGUUAUCAUCUCUUACCUACGAAUCUUCAUUGUUGUUCUUAAGAUCCCCUCAGCUGCUGGGAAACAUAAAGAUUUCUCUACCUGUGGCUCCUACCUCACCAUGGUGACUUUCUUUUAUGGAAGCAUUAUUUAUGUUUAUUUCCGACCCCUGUCCUCCUACACCAUCAAGGACCAAGUGGCAAUAGUCAUCUACACAGUUCUGUUCUCCAUGCUGAACCCUUUUUUCUACAGCCUGAAGAACAAAGACAUGAAGAGGGGACUGAGGAAGCUGAUGAGCAGGAGUGUGUCCUAG